UCCAACAUUAACAAAACCCUCAGAUACUCUUUUAUAACUUCCAAAACCUCUCUGCCUCUCCAUCCUCUCAAAACUCUCUCUUCUCUGUCAAGGAAUUAGCCUUGACUAACAGCUUCCCAUUCAUACUCCUUGAAACAAUAAAAGACAUGUCUUCUGAUUCCGGCGACAGGCGUCAGGUUUCAGUUCCAGGAACUAUGGCGUCGCAUCCACCACCUAAACUGACUGAGCUACUUUCGUGUCCGAGGUGCGACUCAACCAACACCAAGUUCUGCUACUACAACAACUACAACCUCUCUCAGCCUCGCUACUUCUGCAAGGCAUGCCGCCGUUACUGGACUCAAGGUGGAACCCUCCGUAACGUGCCUGUCGGUGGUGGUACCCGCAAGGCUUCCAAGCGCUCUCGAUGUUCUUCUGGGUCUUCUUCAUCGAGCGUGACCCAUGAAGCCGAGUCUGCUCCUAUGGUUGUUAACCCUAUCCCCGUUAUUCCUGGACUUGGAAUUAAACCUGAAAUGGGUUUGGCUGAGGUUAAUUUGAACGAAGCUGUGGAUCUUCCCGUGAACGGAGGCUUCACUUCAUUCUUGACCUCUCAGGGAGAAGGAUACUUGACGCUUGGUGGAUACGGAUUCGGAGCCGGUUCAGGGUAUGAUGGGGUUUGGGCUUAUCCUGGAAAUGGUUAUAACCUGAGUGGCCUUAGUAGCGGAGGUGGUGGUGGGUCUGGUGGUGCUGCCGCAGGUGGAAGUACUGGGUGUAAUACAUGGCAACCUUCAAGCGAUGUUGAAGGCAACGGAGCGUUAGUUGAUGGGGAGUGCUUUGGUUGGCCAGGUCUUGCGAUUUCUGCACCGGGGAAAUGUUUGAAGUGGGAAUAAAAGAUUCAACAAUUUCAAGAAACAAAAAAA